AUGAGAGUUCCUUCGAUAACCACCAUCCUCCUCGCCGCGACUGGUCUGGCAGCGGCAGACAUCCCCUCCCAACCAUGCGGCUUGAAAAUCCCCCCUUGCAGGCCGGGAACGCACUGCAUCCCCAACAAGACCGACUGCACCAAUCUGGACAGGUGCAUAGGCCAUUGUGUCUCGAAUAACGACUUCCCAAUCUGCGGCGGCUACCCGAGCAUCGCUAAGCGCUGUGACAAGGGAUACGAGUGCGCGCAGGACCCUCGCGAUCCUCCAAACAUCGCCGACAAGCCCGGCAUCUGUCUCUUGAAGGGCUACCAGGGUCUUCGUCUGUGUGGAGGCAUUGCGGAUGGUGAUUGCCCAGCGCCGGAGAAGUGUUACGAUAUGCCGUGGGAUGACUGCGACCCCAAUCAAGGAGGAAGCGACUGUAGAGGACUCUGUCUUUAA